GAAUCUUCUUGGAGAAGGGAUGCCCAGGAAGAGAGGCUCUCGUGAUUGGGCGCUGCCAGGUCAUGUGGCUUGAGAAUGCAUGCUUCUGAUCCGGUUGGGGGAGGGGAACUCCAUUGGCUCUUCCUGAGCAGUGGCAGUUAGAAGUGUUGCCUGGUGCUGGGGGAUGCCACUUGGGGCUUCCAUUUCCAUCCAAACCCCUGUGCCCACCCAGUCGACAACAUGCUGGCCACAGAGGGGCAGCAGUUUUUCGACCCUGUCUCUUUCGGGAAAGACCUCAUGAUAGGCGGGGUGGCGGCAGCUAUCUCCAAGACUGCAGUAGCGCCCAUUGAGCGCGUGAAACUGCUGCUGCAGGUCCAGGCCUCGUCCAAGCAGAUCCGGGCUGACCAGCAGUACAAAGGCAUGGUAGACUGUUUUGUGCGCAUCCCUCGGGAGCAAGGUACGUGUUCCCCAAAGAAUAAGCCCUCCUCGAAGGGUUGGUGUGGUGUGAGAGCCACAAACAUUUGCCCCUUGUUUAAAUAGUGCCUCAACUGUGAACAAAAUAAGUGGCAAUUCUGUUGUGCCAACCCCCCCACCAGCUGCUCUAAGAGGCUAAUAAUUUUGGCCUACCUUUUUGAGGUGGUUGUAAAAGAUAGUGGGGAAAUGUGCUAUUAAGUUCUCUGAAUACCUAGCACAAAACAAAUACUUAUUACUAAUACUCUGAAUAGUUUGUGUGUGUGUGUUUGUGUGUUUUCUCCAAGGCAAUAUUCCAGCUUUUACAUUUUUCCAAUCUUUCCUUAAUGGCUGUGUGCUUCCAAUGAGGCCUAACUUCCAUAUUCCUAUAUUGUUUUCAUUCCGACCAAACAGUUGCACACUCCAGAGUACAUAGUGCAUAAUAUCCUUUUUACGUCCCCCCCCCCCCCCCCGAUUGUACAACUCCCAUCACCUUCCUGGCUGCUUCCACCACGCCAGGUUUCCCUAAUUCAUACUGACCUAUCUACACAUGCAAAAUUAAUACAACAUGCUCACAUUUCAGCUAACAGGGAAUAUAUUCACCCAGCAAGCAAGGAUUUCUUCUGUAAUAUAUACUCCUACUUCUCUAAGCAACAGAAAUACAAGACUCCCACUGCACCACACAUGCAGCCUGAUCCUAGAUACGUCUGCUUGGAGCAAAGCCCCACUGAGUUCAGUGGGACUUACUCCCAGGCCAUUGCGUAGGAUAGAAACUUAAUUUGACUUCCUGGAAUAAUAGCUGAAGAUCUCAUAGGUGGUUAUCUUUCUCCAAAUAAUUAUUAUAACAUUGUACACUGACCUGUGCCAUGUAUUUUUGUGCAGCUACUCUAUUUAUGGUGAAUUCUAGGUGUUUUGUACGAAUGUUCAUACUUUUAAAUUAGAAUUGUCAGUGUAAGCAGUUCUUUGUGUUUAUAGAUCCCCACUACAGUGCUGAUUUGAUUAGGAAAGUAGCAAAUCUAAAACUACAAAUCCACUAAACAACUAGUUCCAAGUACCUCCAUAUACCUUUAAUUCAAUAGGCAUCGGAUCUGUUUCCUUGCUGUGUGUAUAUAGUGUUAAUGUGCACUAAAUCUGUAGUUUAGCAUGCCUUCAGUGUCUGUUUUACCAGCAAAAUAUUUAGCCUGGCUUAUUUGGAGCCCACAUCAUGAAACAAAGAUUCUGAACAUUUUAGCUGCAGUUCUAAAUCACUUUUAUUAAGAAAUGUUUUACUGAACUCCGCAGGACAUACCAGACCAACCUGUGUAGAACUAGACUGCUAGUGUUUGGGUAGUAAGGUGAAAUAGGACAAUACAAAUGUGUUAUCCCUAAAUGUGAAGUGAGCUUUUGGACCUAGUAAAGGAAUAUGUAUCUUGAAGAUAUUUCAAAACAAUUGGCAGUUCUUACCAUGGCUUGAUGACUCUCAAACUGUGAUACCUUUGAGCAUUUAACUUGAAACAUUUGGUUCCCGUUUUAGAGUUAUUUUACAUGAUAGAAGAUGUUCUUCUGAGAAUGAAUGCCUUCGUUGUCUUCGUUUAAACACUACAGAUUGAAGGUUGUCAUAUUAAAUGUUGGGCGCAAGCUAAAAUUUGUUCUAUAAGUUGAAUGAAAUAUGGAUUACCAACUGCUCAGACUUUUAUUUUCCAUGUCAUUCAGUUACAUAACUUUAAUAAAAUAUGAACACAAAAAUGAACAUAAUUAUCUACUAUUCUUCAUCAAAUGUUGGAAGUAUGCCCUUCAUUUAUGGUCUGCCAAGCUACUGAAUAAAACAGGAAACAUGCCCUGCUUGCUCUUAUUAGCAAAAACAUUAGUUUUAACUUUUUUCAUAACAAUCUUUUGCACUCCUGUCUUGACAGCCACUGAUAUUUGAAGCAAUACUUUCCUUAUCACUUUAAAUUUAAAUAUUUGGUCCUGCAGUCUAAGCCCUCUCCUUACAACUUGUACUGAACUGCAGUGGUCACAACAGUAAAGAUCUUUCAUCGUACUAAAUGUUUGCAGAAGCCUUGUUUUCCAUCAGAAUAUAUAGAGUGCCCAUUACUGAUUGCCAUUAUUUACCUUGGUGCCUGCAGAUGCAACACUUUCCCAUCCUUUGACAACUUUUUGUCUUAAACAGAUCUUACUUGCAUGUUAAACUCAUUUUCCACUGAUCUAAACUCAUCCUGUAAAAUUGCCCUCUUUGACCUAACCAAGAUUCUCAGAUCUUUCCAAUAAUUCUUCCUCCCUCCUUCUCCCUUCCAGUUAACUGGUGCCCACAAACUUUCGUAUUGUUUGGCUUCGUGCUCCUUUUCAGCUCUCUUUACAUUCCUGCAGGGAGACCUUGGCUUCUGGGGUCCUCAACAUUUCCAUUUGUCCCUUUGUUCGACUUUUCCUGUUCUCAAAUGCUGCUCUUUAUAUGUGGUAUUUCCUCUUGAAAUACAUAUGUAGUUUAAUCCAGGUCUGCCUAUCUCCCUUUCUUUUGCCUCUUCAGAUCUUCCUCAAAGCCUAGUUUUGCCUUCACUUUCCCCAGCUCUCAGCAAAACUCUUCCUCCAAAAUAAUUCCUUUUGUUGAUCUAGUUUCACUUAUUAAGGCACUAACACACUGCAUCACCUGAGUCUUAGUAAGGUCACCUGAGCCUGAACAGCACAGUGGUCAGAAUGUCUAAAAUAAUUAUCGUUUGGCUAAUUCUGGUUAUUUAAAAUUUAUGCAUGUAUUCCUCCAAUGUCCACCACUCCUUAUUAAAAUAGGUUUUGGACCCCCUCUGGUGGUGAAAACAUAGCCUAAAAAACAGCUGUACAGUACAGUACUAUCUUACUAAGACUAGGUUGUAUAUUUGAUGGCAAUCAAACACACAGAUUUAGCAUGCUUUACCAUCACGUGGAUGGCGCUGUGGGUUAAACCACAGAGCCUAGGACUUGCCGAUCAGAAUGUCAGCGGUUCGAAUCCCCGCAACCGAGCUCCCAUUGCUCGGUCCCAGCUCCUGCCAACCUAGCAGUUCGAAAGCACGUCAAAGUGCAAGUAGAUAAAUAGGUACCACUCCGGUGGGAAGGUAAUCAGCGUUUCCAUUCGCUGCUCUGGUUCAGCAGAAGUGGCUUAGUCAUGCUGGCCCGGAAGCUCUACGCCGGCUCCCUCGGCCAAUAAAGCGAGAUGAGCGCCGCAACCCCAGAGUCGGCCACGACUGGACCUAAUGGUCAGGGGUCCCUUUACCUUUUCCUUUACCUUACCAUCACAGUGUGCUUUCUAUUUCCUGCUGUUUAUUUGUUAACUCUGGUUCUUUAAAGGAUUAAUAGCAUCCAGCUUGCUGCUAUCAAUCUGAGCUUCCGUUUUUUCCAGGAUUUGCAUCUCUCUCUGCUUUUUAAAAAAUAAGUACUGAGACAGUUGUACCUAAUUAUAGGGGAGCUAGAUUUGAGGUGAAAGAAUUGGAUGAUCACUGCACAUUAAACUCUUUAUGGAUUCACUUAUUCCACAAGUACCAUUUCAAGCAUAUGAAUAGGUCCAAGUUCAGUACACAUGAACAUGUAGUUAUGCAACAGAAACAAUUUAAGAUCAUGUCAACUGUACAUUUUUUAAUCUUCUGUCUGUAGGAUUUGCCAGCUUCUGGCGUGGCAAUCUUGCCAAUGUUAUCCGGUACUUCCCAACUCAAGCCCUAAACUUUGCUUUUAAGGACAAAUACAAGCAGAUUUUCAUGGCUGGAGUGGAUAAAGAUAAACAGGUAAAUGUGGUCUAACAUUUUGUUUAUUGCUGAUGUGUCCAAAACCAUUUCGCUUGGUCCAAACAUGAAGAAAUUGGGAUAUCCUUUUGAAUUAUUAAUAGUAUACAGUACAUUUCAAUAGGUGGUGUAUAAAAGAGGCACUGGGAUUUGUAUUUAAGAAAAAAAGCCAAUGAAUAUGAGUAACUGUGUGAACAAUAUUAAUGCCCAUCAUAUGUGACAAGUGGGACUUGCAAUAAAAUGUUCAGGGUUACUGCCAACUCUUUUCCAAGAUACUUCAUUCCUGCUCUCCUCCCUACAAGUAGGCCAGUGCCCCAAAAUUACUGUGCAUGCUCAGUUCCCAUUGGGAUAUUUUGGGGCUACAUCUUAAGAGUUUUUACUGUGAUUUUUGUUUUUGUACUUCUGCAAACCUUGGAGGUCACUGAAGCCUGCUGAUACCUCCUCUUGUUUGUGAAUGGUGCUAUUUGAGCAAUGCAAGUCUGUACUCUGAAGAAUGAGCUUAUUAGUGUAGGAUGUUUCUACUUGAAGCUCAGUAUCAUGCUAUUUACAAAGACAUUCUUUAUCUGAAUUAGGCCUUAAAAAAAAAAAAAGGCCAGCUGGUACUUUAAGCCAAAAUGAAAAAAGCAAUUGCUCUUAGUAAGUGGAGCAAGCAAUCCUCUCACUGAUUCCUGGAGCUCUCCAAACCUGUUCGACUUGACCAGUCGCAUGGUAUGCAGAGGCGUAAAUCAGCAGUUUGGAAAUGGUUUUCUGUUAAUAGCACUGAUGGUACUGACUGUUCCCCAGCUCUGCUUUUUUGAUCUGUAAAGGUAGAUGCAUGUAUUUUCAAAGGACACCAUCAGAGUGCAGAGCUGCCUCCUUCGAAAGGAAUACUGAAAAGGCAGUCUUUAAGGGCAGGUUUACACGUCACUGUUGUUCAUCACUCUGUGACUGCAGCAUAACAUGAAAAUUUGUGCAUGUGAAAGUGCCAUUGCAAAUCAAGCUCUAUAAGUACAUUUUUUUAAAAAAAAGAAAAAUCAGUGGAGACAGUUCACACAUUUAGCAACAGGACUAGUUUAGAUAUUUGUUUGGGCUGCUGUCCCCCCCCCCAAAAAAAAACCCACUCAUGCACAGUAAUGUGUGAGGCUGUAAUUUCAACAUCAAAGUAAAGUGUGAGGUGACAUUGUACUUUACACAGAAUUUUUAGGCGCUGUUGCAGCUGUGGAAAUUACUGCUGUCUGUUUCUGAUUCAUAUCGUUCCCAUGUGCAUGGGAGUAUUUCUUAUGGAGCAAAAUAAAUGUGUGAAUUGAUCCCAAGUGAUGGGGAUUUUGUGAAUCAGCUUAAAGAGAGGACCCAACCCUACUUGAUCCGCUUCCCUGGCUACGCCUCCCCAGUUGCGAUAGAUACUUUAAACUGAGGUUUGGUAGGAACCUCAAGGUUUGCGACUUGGAGAGGCGGUCCAGGAGUGCUCUGCCAGGAGUCACGUAGGAUCGAGGGGGGUUCAUGCAGGCAUGCUAAGGGCGCCCUCCAUUUGAUGUGGAGAGCGGUCAUUGUGAAUCAGCCCUAACGUUCCACAGUUUGAGAAGGGGGAUCAAACAACAUACAAUCACCUCAGCAACACAAAAAGGCUGUUAUAGGCCAUAUGUUGUUGUUGUUGUUUAGUCGUUUAGUCGUGUCCGACUCUUCGUGACCCCAUGGACCAGAGCACGCCAGGCACUUCUGUCUUCAUAUGCCUUUUGUCUUUGUCCAUGGAGUUUUCUUGGCAGGGAUACUGGAGUGGCUUGCCGGUUCCUGCUCCAGGUGGAUCAUGUUUGGUCAAAACUCUCCACUAUGACCUGUCCAUCUUGGGUGGCCCUGCACGGCAUAGCUCAUAGCUUCUCUGAGUUAUUCAAGCCCCUUCGCCACAGCAAGGCAGUGAUCCAUGAAGGCCAUAUAAUAUACUAUAUAUGUAUUUUGGGGACAUCUUUUAUUGCUAUGUAAUCUUUGUUUGAUACUGUCAUGGGAUUUUUUAAGGGAUUUUUUCCUAACAAGUUGGUUCCUUUUAUUUCCUCCCAGUGCCUUCUGCAUUGCCAGAAUCAUACUUUCUAAAGCACCUGGUACUAUUUCAUGCUUAAUGACCAUUUACAAAUACUCUGCAUUUGGAUUUAAUACCUUGCAUUGCAUACUUAUUUUCUGUCAGUAUUCAUAUGUAAGCCAUUUCAGUUUUAAAGCUCUUACUCUGAAAGAACACGAAAUACAUCUUGACAUACUUUGUGAUAUAAAUGCUCCAAAGGGUAAAAGUCUUUUUGAUUUUUUAUAUUAUCAUACUGUUAUAUUUUCAAAUAAAUAGUUUCAACAAUGUGUGUCUUGAAUAUUGAAGUUCCCAUCUAGCUUAAGUUAGUUGUGUGUAAUAACUCCCAUUGAAACUGUAAAGUUGUAAAUGCCAGUACCAAAAGAUUCUGGGUCAUAUUUAACUAAGUUAAGGGUAGACCCAUUUAAAUUAGGCCCAUUAAUUUUAAUAGGUCUACUCUGAUAAAACUCAGUUGACUACCACUCAACCUUCCCUCAAAUGUAAAGAAACCAAAAAAAUCUUCUACUUCAAAACACAGCCUUAACCUAGUUAUUCAAAAAUAACUUGUGGCACCAUAAAUACUAAAUAUUCUAUUAUGGCAGACGCCUUUAUGGACCACAGUCUACUUCAUCAGAUGAAUGAGGUAUUAUCCUGAGUUACGUAUGUGUGUAUAAAUAGAUACACACACACAUGGGGAAGGGGAGAAGGUAAACAAUGUGGUCACAGGUAAAUGAAAUGCAGUAAGUACAGUGACAGUGAUAAUUGCAUAAUUUAAUCUGAUCAUUCAUACAACGGUUGAGGGUAACACAGACAUCCUGGCGUUGGUAAACCAAUUAUCAUGAGUGUAACAAUUUAAAAAAAACAACUUUGUCCUGCUUCAAACUACAGGUUUGAGACUACACUGAACCUCUUGAUGAAUUAUACCUAAUUCACUGGUUUCAUCUUUCUGCCUCCCUUUGAAGUGCCUUUGUUACUCAAUUUUCAUGGCACAAUUUGUGUUGGGAUGGAUUUUGUGAAAGAGCCUCAGGUUGUCUAAAAUUUGUUUUACACACAAGCCAAGUUUCACCACCAAGUCUUGAGUUUGGUGCGCCCUUUGCAAUGCAAGUUGCGGAUUUUCUCAUGGGAAUUUGCAAGAGGAAACUCCAUAUUGAAUUCCCUCAACUAAAAUGUUGCCGUUAAAUCUAAGUUCCAUAGAGCACUGUUGAUUUAUUCAAGCGUCACCAUUGGGAAUGCAAAAAACCCCAGUAAUUUCAGGCUUGUGUCAUCGCACCUUUGCUUCAGGUAUUUGUAUUAAAAAAUGGAGGAUUGUUACAAACCCUGUUUUUGAACUCAGCAGUUUUUCCUUUUCAGUUCGGGAGGUGGUUUGUUUCAAAUCUGGCUUCUGGUGGAGCAGCUGGAGCAACUUCAUUGUGUGUGGUAUAUCCAUUAGACUUUGCACGGACCCGGUUAGGUGCUGACAUUGGAAAAGGUAAGAGCUUCAUCUUCAUAUUUUAAGGGUUGUGUGCUGAGACUGGCAGUUUGUGUUUCUGCCUUCUUUGUGGUGGUGCCCCAGUUGAUGGAGUUCCCUUCCUAGAAAUAUGCAUUUGUUCCCUCCAUUACCAUCAUUUUGAUGUAACCUGGGGGGGGGGAUUUCAACCCAACUGUUUAGUAUGUGAUGGGUAGUAGGUUUUCAGCAGCUGAAAAUUGUUGUAUUUAUUUUGAAAAAUGUUUUUCAUGAUAUUUUACCUGUUGUAUGGCUCCUUAUAUGGCUCCCUGGGCUCCUUUGGGAAGAAGGACAGGAUAAAAAAAUGAAUUAAUAGUAAUAGUUCCCCUGUUCAUUGUGGGGAAUGCUUAGAGCUAAAGUGCUCCCCUAGUUUUGUUAUUUCGUCUUUCAUUUUAGGUAUGGAAGAGCGACAGUUCAAAGGCCUUGCUGACUGUAUUGGUAAAAUUGCAAAAAAAGAUGGCAUUACCGGCCUAUAUCAAGGAUUUGGUGUUUCAGUACAGGGGAUCAUUGUAUAUCGGGCAUCCUAUUUUGGAUGUUAUGACACCAUAAAAGUAAGUUUUCUGAGCAAACUCACCCUUUUCCAUUAAAAAAGAGGAUUAUUUGUCACCUUUAUUAUGGAUGCAUUUUACAGUAUUUAUCCUAUCAGCUAAGAUAUUAUUAAUCCUAUUGCAGAAACAGAGAGCUAAGACUUAAAAAUAAAAAGACAUGCCCAAUUUGGUUUGUAUUCCUUUAGUUGGUUAUUAUUUUAUAAAUUUAAUAAAUCUACUACAUGAUCCGGAGGAGCUCUGUGGUUACCAAUGGUUGAUGAUAACACUUGUUUUAAAGCUAAUUAUUUCUACACAUUUAUUCAUCCCAAUUUGCUAAUUGGUUCCUGAAGCCCAAAGGUCUGAUGCAAUAUGAUGCUCCUUUGCUCACAAUGGCUGCCGUGUUGAUUUAAAAUGAGAAAGCAAGUUGACUGUUAAAUUGGGCAGCCCUUACAAUCAAGAUCUCAGUGUAUUCAUUGGACAUGGGGAUGCUCAUAUGUAUAGAUAAAACAUUUAUACUAUUUAGUUAAUUAAUGUGCCUCACAGAUGAAUCCUGUGCAUUUUUAUUUAGAAGUAAAUCUCUUGUGAUUUCCUGCUACAGAAAUGGCUUUUAAGCUCUAAGGGAUGCUAACCAGGCUCCUGGACAGUCUCGUUCGGACUGCGAGAGAUCUUGCAGGAGCCUCCCAGAGCCCACUUGAGACUUUCCCAAAGCCCAGUAAGCAAGCCUGAGAGCCUAAAAGCUCUGUCUUGUGUGUCUUUAAUUUGUAUGAUAUCAGCUGGCCAGCUGCGAAGCUGUGUAAAGCUGCAAUCGCACAAGUUAAAUGUGCUUAAGUUGCAAUCUUAAUAUAUGUUAUUUGCCCCCUCCCCAAAAAAAAUCAUUUGGCUUGUUUGCCAUGUGUAAAGUGUAAAACAAAAGGAGAAAAGAAUAUGUUUCCAACUACACUGACCAUGUAAAAUAAUCCAUUCAAAAUACAAUGCACUUAGGAAAUUCUGAAGCAAUAUAAUGAUUUGACAGCAUCUGUUUUUCCAUUUAGAUUCUCAAGAUACCCCAGUGAAUUCUUAUUUCUCUUUUCUCUUCUUAGGGAAUGUUGCCAAAUCCAAAAGAAACACCAUUUGUCGUAUCUUUUGCAAUAGCUCAAGCUGUGACUGUAUUUUCUGGCAUACUGUCAUACCCCUUUGACACUGUCAGAAGACGCAUGAUGAUGCAGGUAAACAACAUAUACUUGCUGGUGUCUAAGCACAGGAGGCCUAUCUAGAAGGGUAGAGUCCUGGGGGGGAAUUCUAGGAGGGGAAAUAUUAAAAAAUUUCAAAGCUACACUCUUCUCCUGUCCCCCACUGACAUCCUUCAAUUUGCAUUUGCAGAGGCUCCUGCAGCCAUUUUUAUCAAUCAGCUAAUUGCACAACAUAGCAUAUCACAUAUAACAAGUGCUAUCACCAGGACUCUCUCAGGUGUGGAGGGGAAGCAUUUACCUGGGUAUGUGGACCCUACAUUUUGACCACAGAUUUGUGUGGUUGCCCAGCUGGCUAGUCAGAAACAUGUAUUUGCCUGUUGAUGUGCUGAGCAAACCAGGUGAUUUUCCUUUUUCAUGAUUUAAUUUCAAAGCAGCAGUGUGUGUCUCUGUGUUAAGAGAAAUACAUUUAUUUUUAUUCUUUUCCUGUUGGGGGUAAGGGGGCAGUAACCAUCCUGUUGUCGCCCUGUGGUGCAAAGAACGCAAGCUCUGUCGUGUGCUUUCUUGAAGGUCUGCUGUGUAUUUCAGCAAUGGGUCUGCUUGACAGCUGUUUUAUGUACAAAAAGAGAAACAACUUAUGUAAUUUUAUGUAAUCUUCCUUCUGGAUUUUUUUUCAACAUUAGAGACUUUUGAAAAGGAAGUACAGUAUGCCAAUUUGAAAGCAAGAGAAAUUAUUUUUUUAUAUCUUACAGAUUUAUAUGGGAUACUAUUUGACUAUCUCAAUAUAAAUAUCUAUCUUAAAAAAUAGAUUAAGAAAAUUCUCCGGUGUAAAUAUUUUGAUGCAAACACAUUUUUAAAAAUAUCUAUCAAAAAAACCAUACUACCAACUUUGGGGAAAUCUAAACACUUCUAGAUUGGUACUUGUCGGUGUUGGUGAUGGGGGUGGGGAACCAUGUGAAGUUCAGCGAAAAGGCAGUGAAGAACAAUGUUCCAAAAAUAUGCUUCAGACAUUAUCCAAGAAUCAGCAUGCUUCAAAACACCCUGAGGAAUGACAUGACCUUGUUUAACUCUGAAGCUUAAAAGAAACAUCACAAGAAGAUCACAGACUUGCUAAAUUUAGCUGCAGAGAACUACAUCAGGGAAGCAUUUACUCAUUAAGGUUCUUAUAUUGAAACAGAGAUAAAAUUAGUGAGAGGUGUUUCUAGACUUAUAAUUACAAAAAUGCCUAAUACUAUAUAUCAGACCUUAGACUGAAAAUUAUAAAAAUACCAAAUGCCAGAUUAGUCCCUUGCCACAUAGUAAGCAUGUACAUUUUCCAAUCAUCUGUCUUUGUUUAAAAUUAUUUUAACACAGAGUGGAGAGGCUGAACGUCAGUACAAAGGAACCAUUGACUGCUUUUUCAAGAUAUACAACCAGGAAGGAUUAAAUGCCUUUUUUCGGGGAGCCUUUUCAAAUGUACUUCGUGGGACAGGCGGUGCCUUGGUGUUGGUCCUAUAUGACAAAAUUAAGGAGUUUCUUAAUAUUGAUCCAUCAAUAGGCCGAUCAUCUGACUAAAGUCACUGAUAAUAGUCACCUGUCCCUACUGUUAAAAAUGUCAUUCAUUAUUAUAUGAUGAGUACUGUAAGAACAAUCAAAAGUUUUGCAUGGGUCUGCUAAUCAUUUACACUAAUGAUUUGAAGGCAGCUAAAGCGUGAUUUGUUUCCUUUCAUAAAGAGUUGCAUUUA